AUGAAUGCCGCUCGACAGAUGCAUUAUUCGAUCGAACUUUCAAAAGCACUCCAGAGAAACUUCCAUUGCCACCACGUCUCGUCCAGAUUCGGAGACUCCGAUUCCUUGUUAGGGCCAGAGAUUGCUAGGGGGAAACAUUCGCAGAUCAUGAACAAUCUCCCAAACGUCUUGACGCGACUCGAGCAUCUGCGGACCGUAACGGUCGAUGCAUCAUCCGGUACGGUUGUAUUUGGAUCAGAAAUGUCGUUUGCGGGCUAUCAAACAGGUCUCGACAUUCUGCAGUUUGACGCAGAGCUUGUGGGCCGCCUCCUGCUUGACAAGCUGCUUCUCCAACCACUCUUUGGACUGCUUCUUGUCAAACCGGGAUUUCAUAAGAUCCCUGAUGCAGCUAAUAGUCACGCUCGACAUUGUCGCUUGACUACUGAAACGGGACUUGCGCGGGAAAGUGAUAAUUUGCUGCGCAGAAAUACAGAUAUUAAUCGAGAGCAAUCCGACAGUUCUACACCUGAUACCCAGUCCUCAACUCUGGAUCCGUCGACCGAGGCGAAUUUUCGAUUCGUUGAACAGGCCGUAUAUUGCCGUCGUCUGUAG